GUGGGUGUGAGCCGUGUAACCAGAUGACCACGUGGGGUGGACUGAGCCAAUCGUGGAUGGGAGUUAUUCGGUCAUUGCAUCGGCAGACUGCGCGAAGAAUGAAAACCUGGACGGACUUUUAAAAAGUACCAUAAGCUCAGUUGACGAUCCGACGGAAAGCCUCCACCCGUAUCCCAGGAUUCCCUGCUGAGCUGAGCAGCCAUGUCGGCCAAAGCCGUGUCGGAGCAGACGGGGAAGGAGCUGCUGUACAAACACAUCUGCACCGCGGCGGCCGUGCAGAACCGCUUCAGGUGUGCCAGCGUGACGCCCCACACCGACUGGGCCCAGCUGAGCCUGGACCACCCCUGGCUGCUCACCGAGAGGCUGGUGGUGAAGCCGGAUCAGCUGAUCAAGCGGCGUGGGAAGCUGGGCCUGGUGGGCGUGAACCUGGACCUGAGGGGCGUGCAGGAGUGGCUGAAGCCCCGCCUCCUGAAGGAGACCAUGGUGGGGAAGACUAAGGGCAUCCUGAAAAACUUCCUCAUCGAGCCCUUUGUGCCUCAUAAGCAGGAUGAGGAGUUCUAUGUGUGUAUCUAUGCGGCGCGGGAGGGGGACUACGUGCUCUUCCACCACGAGGGCGGGGUGGACGUGGGGGACGUGGACUCCAAGGCCCAGAAGCUGCUGGUGGGCGUGGCCGAGCAGCUGGGCGAGGACGCGGUGAAGAGCCGGCUGCUGGCCAAUGUCAGGCCCGACAGGAAGGAUGCCCUGGCCAGCUUCAUCACCGGACUCUUCCACCUCUACGAGGACCUGUACUUCACCUACCUGGAGAUCAAUCCCCUGGUGGUGACCCAGAGUGGCGUGUUCGUGCUGGACAUGGCGGCCAAGAUUGACGCCACAGCAGACUACAUCUGCAAGGCCAAGUGGGGCGACCUGGAGUUCCCCCCUCCGUUUGGGAGAGAGGCCUACCCUGAGGAGGCCUACAUUGCUGACCUGGAUGCUAAGAGCGGGGCCAGUCUGAAGCUUACCCUGCUGAACCCACAGGGAAGGAUCUGGACCAUGGUGGCUGGGGGAGGGGCCUCUGUGGUGUACAGUGACACCAUCUGUGACCUGGGCGGGGUCGAUGAGCUGGCCAAUUACGGGGAGUAUUCCGGAGCCCCCAGCGAGCAGCAGACCUACGACUACGCCAAGACCAUCCUGUCCCUCAUGACCCGCGGGAAACACCCGGAGGGGAAAGUCCUCAUCAUCGGAGGAAGCAUAGCGAACUUCACCAAUGUGGCGGCUACGUUUAAGGGCAUCGUGAGGGCCAUACGGGACUACCAGGGGCCCCUGAAGGAACACGAGGUCAGCAUUUUUGUGCGACGGGGCGGGCCCAACUACCAGGAGGGGCUGAGAGUGAUGGGGGAAGUGGGGAAAACCACCGGCAUUCCCAUCCACGUCUUCGGCACGGAGACCCACAUGACUGCCAUCGUCGGCAUGGCGCUGGGCCACCGGCCAAUCCCCAAUCAGCCCCCCAUGGCUGCCCACACCGCCAACUUCCUGCUCAACUCCGGCAGCUCCUCGACCCCGGUCACCAGCAGGACCUCUUCCUUCUCUGAGCCCAAACCUGGCAGCGGGGCGUCUCCCUCAAAAACAGCCAAACCGGGCUUCCCCCCAGCCAAAGCCUCCACUCUGUUCAGUAAGCACACCAAGUCCAUCGUGUGGGGCAUGCAGACGCGGGCUGUGCAGGGCAUGCUGGACUUUGACUACGUGUGCUCCCGCGAGGAGCCGUCCGUGGCCGCCAUGUUGUACCCCUUCACCGGGGACCACAAGCAGAAGUUCUACUGGGGACACAAGGAGAUCCUGCUGCCGGUGUAUAAGAACAUGGGCGACGCCAUGAAGAAGCACCCGGAGGUGGACGUGCUCAUCAGCUUCGCCUCCCUGCGCUCCGCCUUCGACAGCACCAUGGAAACCAUGCAGUACCCCCAGAUCCACACCAUCGCCAUCAUUGCUGAGGGCAUCCCUGAAGCCCAGACCAGGAAACUGAUCAAAAGGGCAGAUGAGAGGGGCGUCACCAUCAUUGGCCCGGCAACGGUGGGCGGAAUCAAGCCGGGCUGCUUUAAGAUCGGGAACACGGGGGGCAUGCUGGAUAACAUCCUGGCCUCCAAGCUGUACCGGCCCGGCAGCGUGGCCUACGUGUCCCGCUCCGGAGGCAUGUCCAACGAGCUCAACAACAUCAUCUCCCGAACCACCGACGGGGUCUACGAGGGCGUGGCCAUCGGGGGCGACAGGUAUCCUGGCUCCACGUUCAUGGAGCACGUGCUGCGCUACCAGGACACCCCCGGAGUGAAAAUGAUUGUGGUUCUGGGAGAGAUCGGAGGAACAGAGGAAUACAAGAUCUGCCAGGGAAUUCGGAAGGGCAGGAUCACCAAGCCGGUGGUGUGCUGGUGCAUCGGGACGUGCGCCACCCUGUUCACCUCUGAGGUGCAGUUUGGCCACGCCGGGGCCUGUGCCAACCAGGCCUCUGAGACAGCAGUGGCUAAGAACCAGGCCCUGAAGGAGGCUGGUGCCUUCGUUCCCAAGAGCUUUGAUGAGUUGGGAGACCUCAUCAAGACUGUUUACGAAGACCUUGUUGCCAAGGGAACCAUUGUUCCUGCAGCGGAGGUACCCCCUCCAACGGUGCCAAUGGACUAUUCCUGGGCACGGGAGCUGGGUAUGAUCAGGAAGCCCGCCUCCUUCAUGACCAGUAUCUGUGACGAGCGGGGCCAGGAGCUGCUAUAUGCUGGCAUGCCGAUCACGGAGGUGUUCAAGGAGGAGAUGGGCCUGGGAGGAGUUCUGGGGCUCCUGUGGUUCCAGAGGAGGUUGCCGCGCUACGCCUGCCAGUUCAUUGAGAUGUGCCUCAUGGUGACGGCGGAUCACGGCCCGGCGGUUUCCGGCGCACACAACACCAUCGUCUGCGCCCGCGCCGGCAAGGACCUCAUCUCCAGCCUGACCUCCGGCCUCCUGACCAUCGGGGACCGGUUUGGAGGAGCUCUGGAUGCUGCUGCUAAGCAGUUCAGCAAGGCGUUUGACAGCGGGCUGCUUCCCAUGGAGUUUGUCAACAAGAUGAAGAAGGAGGGCCGGCUGAUCAUGGGCAUCGGCCACAGGGUCAAAUCGAUCAACAACCCUGACAUGAGAGUUCAGAUCCUGAAGGACUUUGUGAAGCAGAACUUCCCUGCCACCCAGCUGCUGGACUACGCUUUGGAUGUGGAGAAGAUCACAACCUCCAAGAAACCAAACCUCAUCCUCAACGUGGACGGCUUCAUUGGGGUGGCCUUCGUGGACCUGCUGAGGACAUGUGGUGUAUUCACACGGGACGAGGCUGACGAGUUUGUGGAGAUCGGGGCUCUGAACGGGAUCUUCGUGCUGGGCAGAAGCAUGGGUUUUAUCGGGCACUACCUAGACCAGAAGCGGCUGAAGCAGGGCCUGUACAGGCACCCAUGGGACGACAUCUCCUACGUGCUUCCUGAACACAUGUCCAUGUAACCACGGCGACUCCAGAGCCAGCCCCUUGAGGCCUAGUACCACAACUGUCUUACUUCUGUUGCCAUUAAAAUGACCUGGGGGGGGAUUCAUCAGUCACAGCAGAAGGGGAGCCAUGACCAUUACAAGUGAUUUAGCCUCAGAAGUCAAUGUAAUCAAUGUGAACACAUUCAUUACCAUUUAAAACAGAGGUCCUGCCAGGAGCAUUCCAAUAGUAUCGGUGUUAAAUUGUAGUUGUCUUAAUUUCCCAUGUAAUUUUUGUGGACCUCAAUUAUAUCCUUUCUACCACAACUUUCCAUUGCAAAGGAAGUCCUUCCAUCCAAACAUAGUAUUAUAGCUCCUAAUAAUUCUGCUACUAUUUGCUGUACGUAUCUGACUACAUGUUUAAAGGUCCAUGCUGUGCCAUGGCAAAUGUUGCGUUGCCUUGUGUUGUCUUAGAAUUGGCUUUUAUAUUUGUUGCCAUGAUACAAAAAAAAAUCUAAUUAAAAAAGAAAUCUACUGUUUGCAAACGUCACAAUAUCUUAUAUAUAGGAACAAAUGAAGAUACAUAUGUAGAAAGCUGUAUGCAUAUAUAUAGAAACAAAUGAAGAUACAUGUGUAGAGUAUGCAUGUAUGUGAUUAGAAAGGAUGCAGUGAUUAACGGGCCUACACUUUAAAUGGAGAAUUUACCUGCUCUUAGUAUUGCUUCAGCUACUGUACAUCAUGUGACUCCCUGUUUAUGCCACAAAGGUGUAGAUUUAAAGCAGAUCCUGGUUUCCUUCUAAAAAAGCAGGAUCUAUGGUCAUGUGAGAAGCCAUGAAUAUCAUGAGCUCACAGGCAUGUGCACCUACAGCCCACUGCAACCAAGCCAAAUGAAGAUUACUCAUCAGUACUGUGCAAGGGCCUGUGGUAGCAGAGAGGUUUCCUGUGUAUCUCCACUGUGCUCGCUGUAGGCCCGCUGGACCCCUUUGUGCAGCUGAGUUUAUGACACAUCCUCUGUGGAAGCUAAUUGAACAGCACCCUGUGUGUGUGUGUGUUUGUGUGUGUGUGUGUGUGUGUGUGUGUUCCAUUGACUGUAUAUGUUGAAAGAUGUCUUUGACAAGGUCUUACUUUUGUGUUCGUGUUAUUGUUGCUAUUAAUAUGAAGUCAGAAUUGUAGUAUAAUAAAGAAAACUACUCCGCUAUA